UAGAAGAAUACAAUGAAUUGAAGGCCAAAUUGGAGCUCAAGAGGAACAAGAGCCGGAUUAAAAAUCGGGGAAGCCGAUUUCCGUCCACAGCCAUAAAUAUGGUGAUCAAUGUCUGCCUUCCACAGUUCAAGCCGAGGAUUCACUGCAACAAGAUUUCCGCCGACGGCUACGAAGCGGAAAACCUCAUCUCCGAAGACCCCGUCAAGAGACAUCGCGGCUUCCGCUGCGAAUACUUCAUCAAGCCGCCGGUCCAGGUGACGAUUUCCUUCCCCUUCAAUGUGGAAAUUUGCCGGAUUAAUAUCGACACGUCUUCCGGCAGCUGCCACAACAUCACCGGGUUGGAUAUUUAUACGUCUACCUCGUCUAACAAGGCCGGUUGGAAUAAUCCCGAGCCUCCCUUCUCCGCUCCGUCCAGCCAGCAGCCUCCGUUGGACAAAGAGACGUUCACGCUGGUGGGCAAAGCUGUCUUAAAAAAUCAGAGCAAAGUGACCUUCGGCCAUCGCGGCUUCCGGCCCAGGCUUCCCUUCCAUCACCAGACAGACCCCCUGCUCUCCUUUCCCGGCUCGGCCUCUUUGGACUUAUGGAAUAAAGGCCCCACGUCCUUGAACAGCGUCUCGCACCUGAGAAUCUGCAUCACGCAUGUAGCGGGCAGUGGCCUCCCUUGCAUCAAGAGAGUCGAGGUCUGGGGCCAGCCGGCCAAGUCCUGCUCUCACGAAGUGUUGGAUGAUGUCCUCCAGGUGGCCACCAGAUCCUCGUUGGAAGCCCCGGGAGGUCAACUCCUCAGCUUUCCUCUGCCCAUGGAGAGCGACGUCGUCGUGCCCUUCGGACACUCCGACUCCCAGGAGCAGAAGCUGGUUGAGGUUCUCCAGGACAUCCCGGAAGAAUUUUUGGACCCCAUUACCCUGGAAGUCAUGACUCUGCCCAUGUUGCUUCCUUCCGGGAAAGUGAUCGACCAAGGAACCCUGGAGAAGUGCAACCGCAGCGAGGCGACGUGGGGCCGGGUGCCCAGCGACCCGUUCACCGGGGUGGCUUUCGGCCCUCAUUCCCAGCCCCUUCCCCACCCGCCCCUCAAGGCGAGAAUAGACCACUUCCUCCUCCAGCACAACAUCCCCGGCGUGAAUCUGCUGGGGAGGAGCCGGGCCACGGGGACGGUGGUCGCUUCGUCCCUAGCCAUGUCCUCGCUCAAACGGAAAAUCGAUCUGGUGGAUCAGAACCAGGAGGGCACGGCGGAGCCCGGCCACUUCUCGACCGUAGCGUCCAGCUUGGGGUCCCACGCGAAGAGGGUGAAAAUGGAAUGGGAUUUGAAUUCUUCCCAAAUGGAUUGUUCCACAGAAGUGGUGACUCAUGAACAGAGGCUGUCCGAAAGCUUGGACAGUGCCUUGAACUCCGCACUUAGCACGAUGCCGUUCACUGCGAUUUUGGCUAAAGGCGGGCAACACGUCCACAGCAGCAGCAGCAGCAGCAGCAGCUCCAGCACUUUCUCUGGGUCAGGCGGUGCUCACGAGCACAACAGGGGCCUCAGCACGCAAGGAUGCUCUUCCUGUUCCCGAGGCUUUUCGUUGUACUUCAAAACCGAUGCCGUGUACCAGCUUCCCUGCAGGCACCUGGUGUGUCGCGCUUGCUUGGCUGAGCAGCAGAAAUCUCUCUCCAUCUUGUGUACGAAUUGCAAAAGGUUGUUUGCCACCCAGGACAUUUCGAGGGUCCAUUUCUGAGAAGGAUGAACAGGAAUCGAUAUAUAUAUAGAUAGAUAUAUAUAGCCCAGGCAGGCUUCAUUGCAGGAGUCAAGAGAUGUGACUGGUUUCCCCCCCCCCACUGCCACCGCCAAGUCGCACAACGACAACAAUCCUACACGUGCUGUACUUAAAAAAAAGAAAGAAAAAAACGGAACUGACGAGGUUGUACACGCUGGAAUGAGGGUCGCAUUUUAGAGCUGGAGGAUCAAAGGAUAAUAAAGCCAUAUGCUUCUCU